AUGGAUGUUAAUCGCUUAAUACUUUUUCUGUGCUUCUAUCAAAAUGUUCGAUGUAGGAAUGUAGCAACGGUUAAUGGUAACGAUGGAGAAAAAGCAAUUGAAAAGGAUGCAAAAUUGGUAAAUGUCAGUCUUCAAGCACAAUCCAGAAAUGUACUCGACAAAGUUCAAACAAUGAACAAUGAUAAUUUGGUGGAAUCGUUUGAUAGACAUCAAUAUGACGACAAAAAUGUUCCCUGCGGUAGAGAGAAUUGCUUCAAUAAUGAUUCCCGGGAUAAGAAAAAACCAGAGAAGAGGCUAUUUAAUGGAACAACCGCGUGGUUGAGGCAUACCGCACUGAGACGAAUCUUCCUAAAUACAACAAGCAAAUUCUUAAACGAAAGGAAUAUUGGAAAAGAACCGAUUAAUUCAUGCAAUAACAUAAAAUGUCGAAUUGUCGCAGAUGAAAAAAACACCUCAAGCCAUUACAAAACAAGAAGCGAAAAGCUUGAAGAUUCUACUAAAUUGAUGACUGCCAUCGAUGACGAGGUUUCCACGAUUACGCCACGGAAUGCACCAGAAAUUUCGUCAUCGGCAGCUUGGUGGAAUGGUAUUUGGUUUUGGACGAUACACCUCAUUGCACUGAUAUUGCUUCUCAUCCUUAUUUUGUCAUGCUGCAUUUGGUGUUGUGGUAAUAGCAGCAAACGUCCUCACUACGUUAGAAUCUGA